AUGGCUUCAAAAAGCAGUGCCAAUGAGAACCAAGGAUUAGGAGAAGCUGGAGCGGAUGCAGAGGCAGUUCCUCCUCCUCCUCCAACGGCUGCGGGCAGGCCCAGACCGCCCACAUCGCAGCUAUUUUCGAGGGGCAAUCUGGUUAGUAGUCGGACAGGAGGAGGUGAUAAAUCAGGUCUGGCCAGACCAUCGACAGCAGUCCGGGCUGUUGGCUAUGCCGCCAAUAGCGGGUCUGCUGGUCAAAGGUUUGACCAGUUUUUCCUGGAGAAGGCCAAGCAGCAAACUCUUUCCUCUGCAAACGCUGUGGAUGCCGCCAAGGAAGUGAAUCCUCAGAUCAAAUAUAAGAACCUGGAGGGCAAGAUUGUGAAGCUCUUGGAAUCGUCCAUUGUGUUGGCCUGGCAAAGCACUGCAGCUCGAUCUAGCGGAGAUCUGAACUCUGAGGCAAAAUCGGCAUUGGCCGAGUCCUUAAAUAAGGCCAAGGAAGCCUUCUCCUUAGACCGAACCCUGCAUCGAUUUCGGGACCAGCAGGGCGAGAAUGUAUACCACAACUUUGAUUUGACUUAUGCGGUUUUCUUCAAUCUAGCGGAGCAAUACGAACGCAAUGAUUUGCACAUCGAGGCCCUCAACACUUACAGCAUCAUGACCAAGAACAAGAUGUUUCCGCAUGUUAACCAGCUGAAGAUCAAUAUGGGUAAUAUUUACUACAAUAUGGGUAUAUACCAGAAGGCGGUCAAAAUGUACCGCAUGGCCCUCGAUUCGGUGCCAAAGAACUUAAGCCAGUUGCGGCUGAAGAUCCGUGAGAACAUUGGAAUCCUCUUUGUCCGCAUGGGUUCCUAUUCGGAUGCGGCUUCCAGCUUUGAAUUCAUCAUGUCGGAGCGGGCGGACAUCAAGAGUGGCAUCCACCUGCUGCUUUGCUAUUACGCCAUGGGCGACGUGGAGAAGAUUAAGACGGCCUUUCGAAGUCUUUGCGAUGUCCAGCCCGGAGAAACGGAAACCGAUCUGGGGAGUGAGAGCAAUAUUAUCAAGCUGCAACAGCAGACCGAUCAGGGUAGUCAAGUUGGGGAUCCCGAUAUGGACAAGUCCUCAGACCACCAAGAAAGUGGAGGCGCGGAUGUGGCAGUAAUCGAUGCAGAGGGUGGCGGAAGCUACGAAAAAGUCCAGGAGUCAGUUAAGUUUUCGGCCAAGGCAAAGCAACGUUCAGUUCUCCAAGCUCUUAAGAAAGACGACCUAGCCGUGUACACCAGUCAACGUCGAAAUUCCGAAAAACGAUCCAUCACAAUGAUUGUAGAUCUGAUCUCACCCUUAAUCGAAGAGAAUUAUAAUGAUGGAUACAAUUGGUGCAUUGAGAUCAUCAAGACCUCUAAUCUGGCAUGGCUGGCAAACGAGCUGGAACUGAACAAGGCCCUAGUUUAUCUUCGACAAAAUGACGUAAAUCAAGCCAUUGAAACGCUGCAAAUGUACGAUCGCAAAAGUCAGGGAUCUAUGACGGCCAGCGCUCUGACCAACCUAAGUUUCAUUUACAUAAGUCUGGGCAACCUGGAGAUGGCCACACAGUGUCUUAACCAGCUUCAGGAAAUCGGAGCGCUGGAAAACAACGCCCUAGCUCUGAUCAAUGCCAGCAUAGUGGACCUCCGGAAGCAGAACUUCACCUCAGCCCGCGAUCGUUUGGAGCGAGCACUGCAACUCCAGCCUACGAACUUUGAGGCCAACUACAAUCUCGGCCUGGUGGCAUUGGCACAGCAGGAUUUCGAGCUGGCUGAGGAGCGUUUCGAGUUGCUGAAGGCCCAGCUAAUGAUGCCCCAUUCAGUGCAGCACAGCCAUGUGUUCUAUCAGCUUGCCAAGUUGCAGGAACGCCGGUUGGGUGGUGGGUUCCAGGGAAACGCAUCGCCGGGGGCUGCAUUGCAGGCCUACCUCCAGGUGCUCGGCAUCUCUGCCUCGGACAUCGAUUCGCGCCUGUUCGAGAAGGUAGGUUCGCUCUAUGAGCAGAUUCAGGACCACCAGGAGGCCAAUCAGUACUACCACGAAGCGUAUCGCAUAAACAUGAGCGACAUCAAUAUCGCCAGUAGCAUUGGCUCCUACUACAUCAAGCUGCAGGCCACGGAAAAGGCGCUGUAUUACUACGAACGGGCGGUUUUGGCUGAUCCUAACGAUCCCAAUCUGAUGCUACGUAUUGCCAGCUGCUUUCGUAACUCCUAUCUGCCGCCCAAGCAGUAUCUGGGUAUGUUCCAGAAGAUCCAUGCUCGCUUUCCGGACAACCUCACGUGCGUACGGGCCCUGAUGCAAGUGACCAAGUCGCUGGGUCUGGGAGAUUUGCACGAGCGGUACGGCCUGGAAUAUGCACGCUUACAAAAGCAGCAGCAGGAACGUCAGAACGAGCACCGAUACCAGCAACAGCGCCUCUCCUCAGCGGCCUCGAAUAGCAGCCGCCUGCGAACCAUCAGGCAGUCCAAUGAGGAACGCUUGCAGGAGAACAGCGACAUAUCCAAAGGCAUGACCUAUACGCAGAGUCCAGCCACGUAUUCAGUUCAGCAGUUCGAUCCUUUGGGACCUCCUGCAGAACGUCCUCGAACUGGCAGAGCACAGCAGAGCAGAGACGAUUCAGAUGAUGAUGCGGAAAUGAAUGCUGAAAGCUUGUUGCCCAUUUAAAAACAUCCUUUUAACUUAUUGUUAUA